CGCGGAGCGGCCGACCGGUCGCGCACUCGUCGACCGCGCUCCGAGGCGGCAGGUCGUCCGGCCCGCGGACGCGUCCUCGGCUCUCCGGGGAGCCAUGGGCCCGAGAGCCCGCGCCAAGGACCGCUGACCGACCGAGUGACCGGCUACCGCGAGGUAAGGUGGACGCGCGGCGUCGACUAGCCGCGAGGGAGAGACCCUCGGGCCGGAGGCGGGACCAGGACGGGACGAGAUAUGAGGACCGCGCGUGCGCAGACGGCCGCGAGGCGCGAAAACGCCGCCGGGACGUGGCCCGUCCUGCUGGCGCUGCACUGUCUACUGGCCGUGGCAUUGUGCCGGCAGGGGCACUCUCGCGACGCUCCCGGGAUGCUACCCGGUAAACUUACCCACGGCAAGUUCGACCCCUACGAGGAGGAGGAGCCGCCAAGGACCGACCUCGACCUCGUAGACCUCGAGAACUACUUCUUGGACGAGGCCGAGCCCUGCGUGUACAGGAGCGAACGCGCCAUCGACGGACAGAGCAGUUCCAUGGAAACGUCGUCGAGGAAGAGCUCGCAGAAGUCGAUCUCGUCCAACUUGCCGAAGCCCAGCGUAAAGUCGAGCGAGGAGGUGCGAGAGAAGGGCCACAAGUUCAAGAACGUGACCAUCGGCGACGGUAUCUGCCAGAGCAUCGACAUAAGGAACAACGUCGAGUACCUGACGAUCCUUAAGGGCUGUCGCGUUAUCGAGGGGUUCCUGCAAAUCGUCCUGAUGGAGAAGAACAUCGAGACCGACUUCGAGAACGCGACCUUCCCCGAGCUACGGGAGAUCACCGGGUAUCUCCUUAUCUACAGGGUUAACGGCCUUAAGAGCCUCAGCACCCUCCUCCCGAACCUGGAGGUCAUCCGCGGGGACGUCCUCCUUACGGACUACGCCUUCAUGGUCUACGAGAUGCAGAAUCUGCACGAGAUCGAUCUGAAGAAGCUGAGGAAGAUCUCGAGAGGAGGGGUGCGCAUCGAGAAGAAUCCGAAUCUCUGUUACACGAACACCCUCGACUGGGACGCCAUCGUCGUCGCCGGGGACAAGUACAUCGAGGAUAACAAGAACAUGCUCACGACUUGUCCUAGUUGCUCGCAGUGUCCCGGAGGACGUUGCUGGUCGGCCCAGUAUUGCCAGGACACGGGGCCGACGAAUUGCCACAGCCAGUGCCUGGGAGAGUGUCGAGGUCCCACUGAUAGCGACUGCUAUGUCUGCAAGCACUAUCGGCACGAAGGCCGAUGCAUGGAACGCUGUCCGACGGAAUUAUUCGCGUACCUGUCGAGGCGGUGCAUCAGUAAGGAGGAGUGCCUCAGAAUGAAUCAUCUAAGAAUACCGCUAAGGUACGACGACGAGCAGAAGUGGCGGCCGUUUAACGGCUCGUGCCUCACUCAGUGCCCGGACGGCUUCGAGGACGAUGUCGACGAAAAUAAUAUGACGAUGUGUCGCGUCUGCGAGGGACGCUGUCGGAAGAUCGGCCAGGGCGCCAUUAUCAGGCACAUCUCGGACGCGCAGACCUUCCGGGGGACGACGGUGAUAAAGGGUGCCCUGGAGUUCCAGAUUCGCAACGGCAAUCCGAACAUCGUCAACGAGCUCACGGACGCCUUCGGCCUGAUCGAGGAGAUCACGGACUACCUGAAGAUCACGCAUUCCUUCCCGAUAACGAGCCUUGGAUUCUUCAAGAAGCUGCGCGUCAUCAAGGGCGAGAAGCUGGACAUGAACAACGCGAGCCUGGUCGUGUUGGACAAUCCUAACCUGUCGGAGCUGUUCCCCGAGUCGCAGCAGAUCGAGAUUCAGAACGGCAGGCUGUUCUUCCACUACAAUCCUAAAUUGUGCCUCUCGAAGAUCGAGCACCUGGGGAGGAUGGUCGGGAUCUCGAACUUCUCCGACCUGGAGGUGCAGCCCGAGUCGAACGGCGAGAAGGUGGCCUGCGACGUCGUUAACAUCAACAUCACCGUCAAGGAGAUGGGCUCGAGCUUCGCCCACCUCGCCUGGGACAGCUACGAGCCCCCGGAGGGUCAGCGUCUCCUCGGUUAUCUGCUCAACUACAUCCCCACGGAGAACAGGAACAUCAGCUUCGAGGCGAACGCCUGCGGCAACAACACCUGGCAGAUCGUCGACGUCGACACUACGACCAGGCCCUCGGUGUCGAAGCUGAUCACCGACCUGGAGCCCUACACGAUGUACGGGGUAUACGUGAAGACCUUCACCGCGAGGAACGAGCGCUCCUUCGCCGCCCCGGUCGGCCAGUCGAAGAUCAUCUUCUUCAGGACGGACAGCGACGUGCCCUCGGUGCCGACCAACGUGGCGUCCUUCCCGGUCAGCGACUCCGAGAUCCUCGUCAAAUGGGAACCUCCGGAGUUCCCGAACGGGCCCAUUGGGUACUACAUGAUAAACGGGUACAUUCGCCCCGAGGACGAGGAGUUCCUCUCGGCGAGGGACUACUGCAAGCACGGUCUCAUCAGCGAGCCGGAGGACGAGGGGGCGCAGGAGGUGACCACGAAGGCAACGACGAUGGAGGCCAGGACGAACAAGUCGGAGCCCGAGUCCUGCUGCUCCAAAGAAUCUGCCCCGAAGACCCCGGCCCCGAAGAAAUUCGAGAUCUUCUGCCACGAGAACGCGACCAUCGGGUACUUGUCCCCCGGCCGGAAGAAUUAUUGCUACUCCGGCGAGCGUGGGUUCCUGAAGGAGUUCCCGGAGAGGAUCCAUAAUGGUACGUACUACUCGUUCGUCUUCAACGCUAGCUCGCGGAAUGGCUCUUACUCCCUGAAGAGGCUGCGCCAUUAUUCCCUCUACACGAUCUCGGUCGCGGCCUGUGGAUACAAACGCAGAAACGGGACCCAGAUGUGCUCCCCGGUCGAGUACACGAGCGUCAGAACCAAGAAGAGGCCCAACGCCGACACCGUGAGGAACCCCAAGGUCCAGGUGUCGAACAACUCCAUCGUCGUCUUCACAUGGGACCCGGCCAACGAGCCGAACGGAUUGACGGUGGCGUACCACGUCGAGUACACCAACCUCGACGUAAAGGACGCCAAGAAGAGCACGGAGUGCCUCUCCGAGACGAGCUUCCGGCAGAAGCGGCACGCUCAUUACAUAAAGAACCUUAGUCCGGGGAAAUACGGCAUCCGCGUUAGAUCCGUGUCUCUGGCCGGCGAGGGUGACUUCUCGAAGAUCAUCUACUUCUCGGUGGGCCUGAAGAGCGACAACGCGAUUCUGAUGGUGAUCGUGCUCGUGCUGACCUUUACGACCCUCGCCGUCGCUACGGUGACGGUCAUCCUGAUCCUACGCAGACGACGGGCGAAGAGGACGCAGGAGCGACUCAUCGCCAGCGUAAACCCGGACUACAUCGAGACGAAGUACGUGAUCGAUAGCUGGGAAGUGGCCCGGGAGGACGUGGAGAUCCUCGAGGAGCUGGGCCUGGGUAACUUUGGAAUGGUGUAUCGGGGUCGGCUCAACGGCACGGAGGACGUCGCCAUAAAGACCAUCUCCGAGGCGGCGAACGAGCGGGAGAAGAACGAGUUCCUGAACGAGGCGUCCGUCAUGAAGAACUUCUCGACAUUCCAUAUAAUCAAGCUUCUGGGGGUGGUGUCGAUCGGGAACCCCCCCUUCGUCAUAAUGGAGCUCAUGGAGAACGGCGACCUGAAGACCUACCUGCGGAGGAUACGCGACACCCACCGGGUGCCGGACGCGGCUCGCGUCCUCAGAAUGGCCGCGGAGAUCGCCGAUGGCAUGGCCUACCUCGAGUCGAAGAAAUACGUCCACCGGGACUUGGCCGCCCGCAAUUGCAUGAUCUCUAAGGACCUCGUCUGCAAGAUCGGCGACUUCGGCAUGGCGAGGGACAUCUACGAGACCGACUACUACAAGAUCGGCAAGAAGGGCCUGCUGCCGAUCAGGUGGAUGGCCCCGGAGAAUCUGUCCGAUGGGGUCUUCACCUCGGACUCGGAUGUGUGGUCCUAUGGGGUGGUUCUGUACGAGAUCGUCACCCUGGCCGAGAUACCCUACCAGGGCCUGGCCAACGAGGAGGUCCUUAACUACGUCCUGCGCAAGGGCACCCUCAACAUACCCAGAAACUGUCCGGAGAACCUGCACAAGAUCAUGGAGAAGUGCUUCAAGUGGAGGCCCUGCGACCGACCGACAUUCAUGCAGAUCGUCGCGGAGCUGGAGCCCUUCCUUGGGCAGGACUUCUGCGAGAGCUCGUUCUACCACUCGGAGGAAGGUGUCGAGGUCAGGAAUCUGGGCAUCAAGAAGGUCUACCACCAUGCCGCGCUCAUCAGGUUCCACUGGGGCAACGAGACCGCCAGGUGGGUGCGCGAGUUCGAGGACAACGUGACCCUCCUGGACCAGACCAAAGCCGGGACCAGCCGUGGGCGCAUCUUCAAGAACGGCUUCCAGUAUCUGGGCAACGUGUCCAACGCCGAGGACAUACCCCUGGACAGAUGAGGGCCGGUUGAGGCCGACUUCGGGCCCCGCACCAGGAACGCUCCGGCCUCCAUUAUCUCGAGGCGAGCCUUCGGGGCUCUCAAGGUACAAAGAUAUACUCAGGUCAGUCUGGAUUGAGGCCGAGAGUCGACUCGAGCUCGACAUCCUCCCAACCUGGGUCGUCCGCGGGAGCUUUUCGACAUCCAGAGGAGAUCCACGACGUCGACGCCUCGGACGUCGCGGUCCGAUCGGACCCGAGAAUCACUUUCAUUUUCGUCUAUGCCGGAAAAUCGAUUAUUACGCUUUCACCAGUCUGUAUUCAUAGUUCUUUCCUGACGACGAGGACCCGGCUCCGCUCCAGGUCUUCGCAUUGACGGCGACUUCGCCCUUCGGGCCCGUUGCCACCAGGCUAGCGUUUCUAUUUCGCUUCGGUCCUUGGACCAAGCGACGGACGCCCAUUUUUCCUUCGAGUGGACGGCGGAGACGUCCAACCGAAUGACCAAGACGGCGAACUGCCUUCUCGUCUAUGUCGGACGCUCGUGAGUCACUCCUCGAUCGCGGUGGCUGUCGGCUCUUGACACAUGUUCUUCUUCACCGGGCGAGAAGACGGAGACCUGAGAAAGCAGGAAACCGACGAAGCAUCGCAAUUUUCUCGUGACAUGCCGUCCUUUGCCACGAGGAGAGUUCUAUUCCUUUCUCGCAUGGGUUGGAUGAGUUAAAUCUUACCGGCGUCGCUUGUGAGUCUCUUUAUAUUUUGCUCAAGGAAGAUCGUGGAUCAUUUGGAGGGGCGUUUCGCCGGUUUCCUGGUAGUCUAAGGUCUUCAUCCGUUCCUUCGACCCCGCUUAAGCUCUCCUCUCCGUGGGGGUCCGUCACCUCGACGUUCCACCCCCUAGCUUGCGCACUUUGCGGAACGUUCGGAGCCCCACGGACGGAGACCAGGGGAUUCCGGGCGAGUAGCCGUUAAGUUAGCCCGUAAUUAGACGCGUAAGGGCUCUAUUUAAUUUAGCGUGUAACUAGCCUUUAACUCUAUUUAACGUUUCCUUCGGUUAUUUCCAUCUGCCUAGGUAUUUCUCGAGGAGGCGUUAGACCCUUGACCAGCGCCGACGAGUCUUGGGAGAGAUGGGAUGGACAGCUAGGACGUCGUACGGAGCGUUUGGACGCGCUAACCCGAUAGACGGUCGAUCGCAAUAUCAAGGGUUAAUUCCUGAUAAGCGAUUAAGCCAAGAAAUCGAGCCAUUGCCCCUUUCCUCAUGAGCGACCGAAGGGUCUUUGGUAAAUUUCGGAAUUUUUGGAAAGGAGACACUCCUCUGUACCAUCUGCACGAGGGGCAUGCAUCUCUCGGGGAGUCUCGAGGAUGGUUCCGCAUCAGAUUCGGAGUACUUUCCGAUGGGGUCAAGGAUGGUAUCUCUUAUCAGACCAGAUAGCCGAUCGACGUCUAGCGUCCAAACGCUCCGACCAACCGCGUGGUUCUCAUUCGUCCUGACUUUGCAAGUCUAAUUGCACCUCUGGCCAAGGGGGCCCCAAACUCCGUUAACUUUAAUCGCAACCAAAAGACACGGGCCUCGGCUCGAUGCCCGCGUCCAAUCCGCCCACCUUGAAAAGGAUAUCGAGGGAGAGACAAAAGGAUAUAACACAAAGAAACUCGCUAGAGACGCACUACACAACAGCGAGAAACGACUGACGGUUUUAAGUUCGCUCGCAUCAGAGUUCCUUGUCGCGUGGAUUUCCGCUUGCUUGUUUUUUUUUUUUCUUUUUCUUUUUUCUUCCACGGCACGCGCGAAUACGACCUCAUGAAAGUAAUUAGCCACAAUUCACCUCCCCACGUUGGUGGUAAAUUGCAGUCCUGCUCAAAGACGGUGGUCGCGAUCGAGAGGAUUCCUCGUUGAUUCCUCGGUGCAUCCUGGAUGCAUCCUCGAUGCAUAAGAACAAAGGGAAAAAGAAUUGUUGAACACGCGCUUGAUUUUUUUUUAUUUAUUUAUAUUUUUUUUUUCUUUCUUUGAGGAUAUUUUCUAUCAUACCAUCGUGUCACGUUACAUGCCAAAGAUGAUAAGAGUACUCAGGGUAGAAAGCAUCUCCAAUGAAACUGCGGUAUAAACGCGGAUCAACGUAGAUACGAGUGGAGCUCGCGAAGAGCAUCCGACAGGUGUUUGUAUUGAAUCUCUUCGUUUUUGUUUAUUGUCACCCGUGAUUUUUCCUCGGGAUAUCACUUGGCGAGGGCGCAACAGGUGUUUUGGAUGUGUCUGUGCGAGGAUGCAUCGUCGGGGACGCUUUGGAACACUUUGGACGCGAUCUGGCACCGCCUUUGGGGAUGAUCCUGCGAGUUGACUUCUGCAAUGCAACAUGCAAUAUGUAAUAUGUAUAUACGCGUUAAUGUUAUGUCGGGGAAUGUACAGUAGCGUGUACCGGGUCGCUUCUCGACAGGCGGAAAGACAUUUGUGUGCGCGCUCUGCGGCGUCUUCUCACGCCGGACGGAAAGGAAAGGUAGAGGGGAAAAAAAACAAAAGAGAAAAUGAUAAGAAAAGUGCGCCCGUGUGUACAUACAUAAUUACGCGGUUCACUUAUCCUCGGUCCGGCGAGGGAGAAGCUCUCCUCGUCGCGAAGGAGAAGGCGGAGAUAAUAGAUAAUAGCUUUCGUGCGAGGAUAUCGUUCGGCCGAAUCGAGGGCUCCUAGGGCUCGACUAAUGAUAAGAAAGGACCCUUUUUGGCGGAAUUAUGGCGAAAGAUACGGAAUGUCCAUUCGUGUAGAUAUCUCUUUCCCUCGAGGUAGAGAACUCCGAGGGGUUUUUAUUCAACUAGAAAUCGUGGAUUUUGAUACCCGUAAUGAAAAAUCAGCUGGAAAUUAUUGGAAAUCAUCGAAACCGAUUGUGACGAUUUUUUUAACGCCGAUCGACACUCUCGGUUACUUGACUUUGUUGUUUAUUGUACGAAAUCGAAGGAAAUCUUUUUCGCUGAUUUCCGACCGCGAGGAGCUUCUCGGAGCACUCUUAUCUACUGGUCGCUUCGAAUCUUUGUAUAAAUUUGCGGGGUGAUUAUUUCAUAUCUCAGGGUUUCAGGAUUUAGAGCAGUUAGGUCUUCCUUUCGCCGAAGCGCUCGGCUGAGGAUAUAGAAAUCCAUUCAUGGGUUCUGAUUAGAUACAUGGUGGAUCGGAAGGGGGUCUGAUUUUCUCGCUUCCGUUUCUCCGGGUCCCUCGAUGAUGCUUUCCGAGCACCUAAGCUCGGUGGAGAAGUUUCCUUCGAUACAUUACCACUUUUUCCGGUUCUUCUCUUCUGAUCAUCGAACGACGUUUACGGGUAAGGACCGUCUCGGUGGUCGAGGUCGGUUCACAAUCGUUUCCGUCUGUUCGCCGUUACUUAUCGAAUGUAUACCUCGUAUCUGGUGAUCUGUCCGAGCAUAAGUCGACACGAAGUUACCGUGUUCGGGAAUUAGCCUAAUUCUAUACAUCAUAUUCGCGUCGUAGAAGAAACGCUUGUCGGUACAAUUCCUAGGAUAGGCGAGCCCUGGUUAGUCGUUUGAGCUGAAAUCGCCCUUACCGAAUUCAUCCUAGAUUCAUAUCCUACCCUGUUAACCCUAAAUAACAAUUGACCCUAACAAUCGGACCGCAUGAAAUUUCAUUUCGUUAUUUAAGAUCAAUACGUUAGGAUUGAAUUUGAUUAUGCUCGAGGAAUUAGGCGAGUCCUGCCGACUGCUGUUCGAUUUAUGUGCGCAAAAUGGCCCGAAAUCGAAUGACGCUCUAACGAUUAGCCAGGGCCAUUAGAGCUCCAUUUUUGCAUCUUGGGCUCGGCUCGUACAUCACAAAGUCCUUCGAAGUGCUCAAAUGACUUUUCAGGGCAUAUCAGGGCUCCGCUUUUCUUGUUUUUUAUUUUUAUUUUUAUUCCUUUAUUUUAUUUUAUUUUUUCGGGGGGUUUGACUUCGACGUCGCGAACACCUAGUCAUCGCUUUGAACGACGGUCUGCUCUCGUCAAGGAAGGAUAGGGAAAUGAACUCUUUGCAGAUCACACGUGUACAUAUGCACCUCGCUCCUGUAUAGACGAAAUGUACAGAGUAAUUAACCCGUGGCGCAUGACACGGUGCACCGUAUGUAAAAUAUUUUAGAUUUUAAUCGGACGUGGGGGGACGAUGGACCGUAUAGUGCCUUAAAAAACGCGGAACGCCGUGUCGCGUUUUCUCGUUCGGCAUGAAAGUCGCGAUUACGGGUAUAAAUAGGUAAUCGCGCCGACAACAGGGUACCGGUUUCAUUUUCGGUCACGUAGAACGUUUCCUUCAAUUUAUAGUAGUACGUUCCCUUGGAUCGAGCCUGACCGUGGAGAGGUGCGCAAUUGAACUUUCCGUACGCUCGUGCGCGACGCAACCGAGAAUGAAUGGAAAUAAAUAGGAAAUGCAUUAUGCGAUGCCAUUUAACUGUUUGAGUCCCAAGUAGCGCGAUCGCGAUUAUCAGAUUUCAUGUUGAAGAAACAAAGUACUUUAUGAACGGGAUGGAUUUUAUGUCGGAAUUCUAGUAGUAUUUUGAUUUCAUGUCGAAGAAAUAAGGUACAUUAUGAACGGUGUGGAUUUCAUGUCGAAAAAAUAAUCCAAUACGGUAAGGACGACUGACGGUGUUCUUAGAGCUAUUGAAAUAGCGAGUGCUGUAGGGUUGUUCGGCAUUUUUUCGACACUGGUUUUUCAAUUACCCCUAGAACUCAAACGGUUGAACAUGUGACUACAGAGACCACGACUUCAUUUUCCCCAUUUUUUUUUCUUUUUCUUUUUUCUUUAUCCUCUAACUAAGAAAAGUGCUUCAUGUCGCGGGGGGGUUUGGCGGUAAGACGAUGAAAAGCAACAAUAAGGACAUUUUAAUAGAGGGAGAGUCAAUGGUACCGACGUUUCGCCAAAUCCACUGAGUGAGAAAAUGCCCGCGAACGGUGCAGCUCCUUAUUUUAUUUUAUUUUAUUAUUUUUCCUUGAAACGUAAAUUCUUUGAAAGGGUCUCUUUGUUCGUCCACAGUCGGGUUUACUUGGAAAGGGAUUCUUGCGUGUAAUUUGUUAAUUAUUAGCGGUGCAUUUCGGCGCGUGCGUGUGUGCGUGCGACGAAGUACACGUGAGUAGGAGCGAACGGUCGGAAAAUAAGGGAGAGAGAAAGAAAGGAAUGCUUAGAAUAACUCAUCCUCCAUGAAAGUACAGUUACUCGCGUCGAGUGUCAAAGAUUAUUUAUUCUCUCCUGUCUUCUUUAUGAUUAUUUUUUUUUUGUUCUUCCGGAAACGGACGUUUUUUUUUUUCUAAAGAUACGGGUGUAGUAUAUAUAUAUAUAUAUAUAUAUAUAUAUAUGUAUCUAUAUGUAUGCAUAGCGUAACUUUUCGCCACGUCGAGCUCUUUUCAGCAAGCUGACUUUUAGAUCGGUCGACCGGGACCGAUUACCACCGGGGGUGUAAAUACUCGGCGAUUAAUAUAAGAAACCUGUAUACGAAUGGAAUUAGGUCUAACGAUUCCCGAACGAGACGUUUCUUGGAAAAUUGACUAACGAAGAAGAGGGAGGGUGGGCAGGGUCCCGGGUUCAUCCGAGUCCCUAACGAGACGAGUGUCCGUCAAUCGACACGCGAUGUACAAAUCAGAUAUAUAUGUAUAUAUAUCUUAUAAACCUAUUUCCACGAGACAUACAUGAAGAGCGAGACGCCACUCGGCGUUGCCCUUUCCGAGGGCGACAUAUAACUGUCCGAUCUCUCUUCUAUCUUAAUAUUAUUUCCAUUACCCUCGUAUAGUCAACCUCGAUAUACAUCAGAAAUACCGGUGAUAGAUGAAAUAGCUCUAAGUCCAAGUGAUCCUUUUAUCACAGAUUUGCCUAGAUUUAAUUUGAACCUUUACAAGGUGUCCGAGUCCUCUGGAAGGUCCUCUUUUGAGGCGGUCUUGGAAACCCUUUGACGGUAGCGGGCAUUUUCCACGAGACGUCCGUUCCACCUAACCGCUGAUAAGGUCGUUAGGCGUAUGUACAAGUCCAUUGUCCUGUAUCUUUCUGCGCAUGGUAUUAUAGCCGCGAUUCCCCGCUGGCAGAAAACGUAGGCAGGAGCUAAGUAGCGACCGAACGACCGUGCUCGAUAAAUCUCUUAACAGCCACAACAUAUCACGGAACCGAUGUACGAGCUAAUCGGUCCCGUAGCUUGUCCCGAGUACCUUUUUCGACCUCCUGAUAAGGCGAGCUGGGACGACCGCGCACACCUAGGGAGCACUGCAUGUACCAAGGGAUUAUUGCGAGUACCCUCGAGUACCGGGCCCCGAAUUUGUCGACAAGGCCCCGAUAUGUAUCGACGUGGCGACUCGAAACUCGCGAGCCAUUCCGCGGGACACGAAGAUAACCGACAAUAAUACCCGCCACCCUGGCGCAAGGUUCCCCGUAGCACGGCACCGAGGCUUUCGUACCUUCUCGGAAGGAGAUACACCUGUGCUCCUCCCCUAAAGAAUAUCGUCCAGCCCUAGUUUUCGCCAUCGCUCGCGUCGAGGAGCGUCGCAAGCCCAGAGGAACACCCAGAAUGUGUUCAAAUAAACAGUACGGAUCUGUUCGCAAUAGGAAGAUUCUCGCCACCCCCCCACGUGGCGCCGGGUUCCCUUUUCGUCGUGCCUAAUCGAAACGCCGGUCCUUAUCGUUGUAUCGCCCCCGAUGUUAGAUAGGAAGACGGAGGAACCUCUCCCAGGGACGACCGUGCGGAUGGAAUCGAGACAUUUAGUGGUUAACAAUUUAUUGGUAGCGCCGUAGUUCACUUUGGAUAAGGUAAGGCUGAUCCCGUCCGCAGGGUCGGCGCACCUGGAGGCCCUGCUUUUCCCGCGCCACGAUUAGGACGGCGUUUUCGGUCCUUCGGAUAUUAUAAAUAAUAGGGUCCACGAGCAUAGUCGCUGGUUAGGAGCUCCAUUGUAAGGUCAGGACGCAGGGUUUGCUUAGACAUGCCGAGGGUGGAGACCCUUUCGGGGGGUGUCUCUGGACCACUGGGGGACGCGUGAUGAGCUGUCCGGUGUUUAGCUAGGAAUGUCCAGGUGUCGGAAGCCGUUUAGACCGACAACAGUCGGGGACGAGGAAGUAGGGAAAUUCACCCCUAAUCCGGGGAAUUAUCCCCCUCGAGGCCGGUCUACGUGAUCCAUGGAGCGUAGGUUCUUUCCGAGGCCUGGGUGGGUCCUUUUGGGGGGACUUUUUAGGAAUUCCUGGUUUGUGGCCAGAUCCAAUAUCCCGUCCGUGGUCCGGACGAUCUGCUUAAACUCACUCUUGGACCCGUGAUCUUAACCCGUUCAUAGCUAGCCCAAAUGACGCGCCCUCGUCCAGGGUGGGGGCUCGGCUCGCGAAAUACCCCGCAAUAGGCCUGUAAUAUAUAGAAAAUAAGUAGUCAGAGGUUGUACACACGUAUGGGGAUAUCUCUCGACGCGACUGCAGGACUCGGAUUACCCAGAGGACGCCUUAAAGAGACACGUUUAGCUGCAGUCUACGCGGUGGUGACCACCGCUUCCGGGAUUUCAGACACACGGUAGCUUCCGGCUGCGUUCUAUCUCGCUUAUUAUCGAGGGCAGACGAAGACCGGCGAUGCGUCCUCGGCGACGAGGACCGUCGACGAGCGUGUUCCUCGACGCUGGCGAGGUCGGCGAAGGCGCGCGGGACCCUGGGGGAGGGCGUUAUAUUCCUAAUCAAAAAUCCUGCCAUACCGUGUCUUCCAAGACAGAGACUAUGAAACAUUACUGUAAAUUAGUGUAUACUAUUUAUGUACCUUCUCUCGGUAAGUUAAAUUAUUCGGCGUCCCUCGUUGACUAACCGCGACCGAGGGGCGGGGGUGGCGGGAGGGAAAGGAUCGAUCCAGAGUCCUGAGGGACCUUAGGGAGUGCCCUUUGCUCUCGCCCUUCCCCUCGCUCGCCGUGAGGAAAAGUGCGCGUAAGACUUCGUAAUGUAAAUUUAAUCUUACUUCUAGAGAUAUAAGGAUAUAAGUCCGGAAGGACGCGGCCGACCACUGGGGUUGGCGGGGACGAAGGUCGGCUUGGUCCUCCGAGGAUCCUGGCGAGUCCUCGUCGAGAGGAGGGAAAUAUCCUCGUCGGGACUUAGUCGAAGGAAAGGAAAGUCUUCUCUUUUGGAAUUCCUGUCUCGUUUUUCUUUUUUUUUCUUCCUUUUUUUAGAUCAGAGCAGUCGUCCUCUCGGCUAGAAUUUCUCGAAAAAAAGUGGGUAUAAAAAUUGUGUAGGAUUCUUACUCACACGUGGUACUCCUGCGUUGAUGGUUUGCAUUGUUAGGGACUUCAAUGUACGGUAACAAAGAACUCUGGCCUCCUCUUGCGCUUAGGGCGGGGGAUGGACGACCGAAUUUUGUAUUACCUAGAAAGUCGUCGUAUCCACGAAGUAGUAUAAGGAAAUCCAACGCCGUGUAUUGAAGUCAUAUUUCCAUUUUAGGGGUCCAAGAUGUUCAGACUGUUUCCGGUGAAGUUCUUCAAUUAUACGUUAUCCUCUUAUGGUGGGCCCGCUAGUCUUUAUCGCGUUGAAAACAUCACAUUCUGUAUAUCAUACGUGGAUUAUCGUUUCACUUUGCGUACCUUAAUCGCGAUAUGACUAGCUUUUUAGACCAUUUACGUCGGUGGAAAAUGUUUCGCUCACGUAGGAUUGGAGUUCCCUCGUUUUCCGCGAGUGGCGCUAACGUCGUUAGAUCUGCGAAAAUCUGAGAUAUCCUAGGAUGAUAUCACUUUCUGUGGAAUCGGCGUUAUGUCUCCUUGUACUACUUUACGGUCACGUGGAUACGAAGUAAUCCUUACUACCUGUACAUAAGAAACAAUAAUUAGUUUUGUAACAACCGUACUGGAUAGUUGAGUCGAAGUUUGAUACCUGCGCGUGCGCAGAAGGGCUUGGGAACGCAUUUACGGCCCCGUUGUCUCGGCCUAUGGCGAAUCCAUUGUUUCCUCGAACUACCGACUACGUGGGAGUAUUACGUAUGCUUAUUCGUUCCUCGAUCGACGUGGUCGGUUGGCCCGAAAAGUCGGGAACCGUGACUUCGCCUUGGCGGGGACAUUUCCUCUAGGACGAAGAAGAACGAGGACGAGGGUCCUCGGGGUUAGAAGGAAACCCGGUCGCUCGCCAACCCCCUGGACACCGCGGGCCCUCGACACCUGUACACAUUACAUUAAUUUAGUAUUGCCGCUGAGUAUUACAACUAGUCACAUAAGCCAAAAGUUUGUUACUCUCGCAGAAAUUUUUGUUUUUCUUUUUCAGUUUUGUAAUAAAGUUCGACGUCGAAACCCUAA